UAGUGUCUAUUGCAACUCGAAUGACGCUUAUAAAACUUGUCAUAAAGCCGGAAGAGAGUCCUGUUUAUCUGCCCUGUCAUAAAUCUCACACAUGGAGAAGAGAAGACGGUUUCUAUAGACACGCGGCGGCGCGGCGGCUGCAGCAGAGAGCAGCACCUGUGAUAUGGGCUUUCAUGUCUUUUUUUAUGUACCCAAUGUAAUCGGUUAUAUCCGGAUUCUUCUUGUUCUUAUUGCCUGGAUUCUGUAUAGUGACCCAGGGAUAUUUGUACCCUUGUAUGUGUUAUCAAUUAUAUUGGAUGGGGUGGAUGGCUGGGUGGCUCGUCGUCUGCAGCAGACCUCCAGGUUCGGAGCGUGGCUGGAUGUGGUCAUUGACAACAUAGGACGUGGCAUGCUCUGGAACAUGCUUUAUGAUUGGGGCUGGCUGGUGUCUUCAGUGGAGUGGUGUGUAUUUGUGUGCAACCACAAUGCCAGAGGUGCCCAGUGGAAAAACACUUUCACAGAGAGCCCGGUUUGGGUGCAGGCAGUGAUGGCAAAAGGCUUCAAGACUCCUUUAGGCAUUCUGACAAUAGCAGGGAUUCAUGUUUUACCCGUGUGGCUGUAUGGCUACCAGCAUGAGGUGCUGUUGCAGACUCUCUUUGCCCCAUACUGGCUACAGAUUCUGGGGAUUUUGGUUCUGGCAGCAGGACGCUUGCUGGGCUUUGCAGUUGAGAUGUGGUGCAUCGUAACCCAUUUGAGAUUCUUAGUGCAUGAAGAGGAAGAAAAGAAGAACUAGGGAUCUCAAAAUGGUCAUUUAGGAUGUAGUAAGGGUUUCACAUUGAGGCUUCUUGUCUAAUAAGCAGCUAAAAAACACUUCAUUUUUGUUACUAAGCUUGCUGAAUGUUACUUAUGAAAAAUAUACUAGUUUACCAGGGAGUAAUAUUACAGGGAUCUAUUUAUAUUCUCUUGAAAACCUCAUAAAGUGUAUAGAUAUUUAUGCCAGGGUCCUUAAACGCAGUGUUUGGGAAAGGAAACUAUGUUGUUUUUUGAGGUUUUCUUGAUUGCACUUCGUAUAUUUAUUUUGUAUUUAUUGUUUGGGACUUUAUUGUUUAUGCCAUUCGAAAGUGUGGGAUCAGUAAGAUUUUUAUUGUUUUUUUGUUUUUUUUUAAAAAGGUAUUUUUUGCUCAUCAAGGCUACGUUUAUUAGAUUAAAAUACAGAAAAAUGGUAAUAUUGUGAAAUAUGAUUGCAACUUAAAAUAGUGUUUUUCUAUUUUAAUGUAUUUUAAAAUAAGAAUUUAUUCUUGUGAAGCAAAGCUGAAUAUUCAGCAUCAUUACUCCAGUCUUCAGUGUCACAUGAUCCUUCAGAAAUCAUUUUAAUAUGCUGAUUUAUUAUUAAUGUUGGAAACAGUUGUUCUGCUCAAUAUUUUUUUGAAAACUGUGAUACUUUUUUCAGGAUUCUUUGAUGAAUUCAUUAAAAUGAACAGCAUUUAUUUAUAACAGAAAUCUUUUGUAACAAUAUACACUGCUAUUCAAAGUGUGGGGUCAGUAAUUUUUUUUUCUUUCUUACUUUCUUAGAAAUUCUUACUUUUAUUCAGCAAGGAUGUGUUAAAUUGAUAAAAGGUAAUGUCCUGGAAAAAAUAUCACAGGUUCCAAAAAAUCUUUAAAAAACAUUGAUAAUCAGCAUUUUAAAAUGAUUUCUGAAGAACUGUGUGACACUGAAGACUGGAGUAAUUGCUGACGAAAAUUCAGCUUUGCAUCACAAAAAUAAAUUAUAUUUUGAAGUACAUUAAAAUGGAAAACUGUUAUUUUAAAUUGCAUAAUAUUACAGUUUUUUUCCUAUAUUUUUGAUCAGAUAAAUUGAACUUUAAUGAGCAUAAGAGACUUUAAAAACAUUAAAAAUCUUAAUGAUCCCAAACUUUUGAACAGCGUUGUAUGGCACUAGUAAUAGCAAGGUCAUGAGUAUGAUUCUCAGAAAAUGAAUUGAUAAAAUGUAUAAAAUAUACCUAGAAUGCAGUGUACGCAUCUGGCAAAUGCAUAAAUGUAAGAAUAAUAAAUGGCUGUGCAAAUAAAUUAAAAUUAUUGAAUUUA